AUGGAUGACAUUGGAAGUGGUACUUCACCAAAAUUCGAUAAAUCACCCAACGAAUCUGAUGGCUUCAAUUGUGUCAAAGGAUUCUAUGAUGCAGCUGCGAAAGAUAAAACGAACUGCUCCCUUCUUCAAAGAAGAAGAUCACGAAUUUACUAUAUGCGCAACUUGAGUAACUGGAUAAAAGGCACUUUGAUCUCACGGUACCUUGACCUUGUUUAUGAAAAAAAACAAGGGAACCGAGUGAAUAUCUUAGACCUCUGUUGUGGUAAAGGUGGGGACCAAAAGAAGUGGCAAGUGGGUUGUGUGGAUCACGUUACCUUUGUGGAUAUAUCGGCUGCAUCUAUUGAUAUUUGUAAAGAAAGAUACAAUUCUUUAAAAUGUGGAAAUUAUCGUGGACGUAUCUUUUCUGCGGAUUUUAUAGUGCAUGACUGCACUGCUCCGCUUGACUUGAAAAGGUUAUAUAGCGUGGUGAGCUGUCAAUUUGCACUUCACUACGCCUUUGAAAGUAUUGAUAAGGCUCGUACUAUGCUUCAAAACAGCAGUCAAGCCUUGGAAGAAGGUGGAUACUUCCUUGUCACUGUACCCAACGCGUAUGAAAUCCUAAGGCGAUUGAACCAGAGCAAAGACAGACGGUCCUUUGGGAACUCCGUUUACUCCAUUACCUUCGACGAACUUUACACCACCCACCACCCUCCACCCCUCUUUAAAGCACGCUACCAUUUCCAGUUGGAAGGUGUGGUCGAUUGUCCUGAACAUUUAGUCUACCCUCCCCUCCUGAUUGCCAUGGCGAAGGAAGUGAGUUUAGAGUGCAUCGAGGGUCCCCUGCCCUUCGCUGCAUUCAUGCGCAGGACCGCGCAGGAUCGUCCAAUGAAUAUGCACCUCCUGCGCACUAUGGACGCCUUGGAGAUGUGGCCAUCAACGCAUCUUUCGAGACACUCUUUGCCCUUGCCCUCAUCGCCCAAACGUGGCAGCGGUCAUCACGAUCGUAGCAGGAGUCCCAUAGAUCGGUGCGGAAGUACCGCAGGGUGGAGGUCAGGAGAGGAGUCCUCUGUAGCCGCGAGUGAGGUCGACGCUUACGCCCACGUGGAAAGGAGACGGUACUCCCUACAUCUACCUGUCGGCACCAUAUCCAAACAGGAGUGGGAAGCUUUUUGUACAUACUGUGUCUUUGUGUUUAAAAAGGUGGUACCCAAUAGGUAA